AUGGCAGCGACUGUCCAGACGCACUCCAUUGAGCACCUGUAUCAUGAUCAAGUAACCAACACUACUACUCUAACCAAAUGGGGUGCUAUUAUCUUCCGCGCGAUGCUGAUGCAAGACCUCGUCGGCGUACUCGACCCCUUACAAGUGCUCGCUCACAGCAACCACCUAGAAUUGUCCAUCCUCGCAGAGACGCUCGACCCUGUUACCACGGAGCCUCUCAACGCAGCCAUGAAUACGUACAACUCCACGUGGUGGCCGCAACUCGUCCCAACUCACACAUUCGACACCGCGCCCGAAGACUUGGAAGUCUUGAUCGUUCCCGGCGGACCCGGAAUCCGAAAUCCGAAUAUCACCGCUGUGACGGACUUCAUCGCCCAGACUUACCCAAACUUGAAGUAUCUGAUCACGAUAUGUACAGGCGCUGGGCUGGCGGCUAAGGCUGGGGUUCUGGACGGGAGGAGAGCGACUACGAAUAAGGGAAGUUGGGCAACGGUCACGGCGAUGGGUCCGAAUGUUGAGUGGGUUAGUCCGGCCAGAUGGGUGGUGGAUGGGAAUAUUUGGAGUUCUUCGGGAGUGACUGCCGGUCUUGACCUGGUUUUUUCUUUUAUCGAACACCUCUGGGGAGCUACCGAGGCUGACCGAGUGGCCGGGAUCGAAGAGUACGUCCCGCAUCCUCAGGACUUUGAUCCCUUUGCGGCAAAGUUCAAUGUUACGUCAGUUGGACAUAUCUAG